AUGUCUUUCAUUAGCGGGCAAACUCAGUGGUUUCAAAAGGUGAUCACCCUCCCAGCAAAACCUCGAGGCUGUCAUUUAGUUACGCAAGAUGUGUUGAGACAGAUUCCAGAACUCAAAUCCUUCAAAGUCGGUAUGGCGAACUUCUUCCUGCAACACACUUCCGCAGCUUUAACUAUCAACGAGAAUUAUGAUUCAGAUGUAAGGGUUGAUAUGGAAAUGAUGCUGAACCGAUUGGCACCGGAGGAGGCACCCUACUGCCAUACGAUGGAAGGUUCUGAUGACAUGCCGGGCCAUGUGAAGUCCUCCUUGCUGGGAGUAUCUUUGAACAUUCCAGUCAGCAAAGGAUCGCUUGCUCUUGGGUAA